AACAGCAGCCGCUACUUGGGGGGACCUCUUUUGGACGGGCUCGUCCGCAGGACAACCGGAGACUCCUCGGCGGGGAAAACACCCCCAAAAGUCUCGGAAAGAAGAGCAAAGACUGAUUAAAGUUGAAGUCCGAUACACGAAAGCGUUUCCUGGGGGUGGGGAAGGAAUACUGUUGUCCUGGAGCAUUGCUUGAGGCUGGAAGCCCAGAGAUGAGCGGUCUCUUAGGAUGAAAACCGUCUUCCACCGCCCUGUCUCCCCCAGACCUGCAGGAGGAGCACGUCGGGCCUCAGCGUGAGAUUGCGUGGUGUGGCUAACGCCGUCGAGGUGCCAUGGCUCUCGUCCAGGCUUUUCCUGUUACUGACCACCCCAAUCCCAGUCUCGACGCCCAGCAGUGCCAGCCGUUGCCAUCUCAGUCAGCCCCUGCCUCCUGCAGCACGACCACAGCCAUGGGUUCCGUAAGUAGUCUCAUAUCGGGCCGCACGUACCAAGAGAGGCACUGCCGAGCCGCCAGCGAGUUCACCGCCAAGGCUCGACGCUCCACGCCAGCUACCAGCUGCUUCCGGCUCCAGGACAACACACUUCGCAGCGGAAGCUCCUUAGAGCAACUUCUGGUGAUCAACAACCAGGCGCAGCCCCAGGCAAAGAUUCUACCUCCACCUCUGCCCACCAAGAAGCAGCCUCGGCCGGGAAACUCCACGGAAGGUGGAAGCUUAACAACCGCUGGUGCCACAGGCGGAGGAAUUAAUAAGAACUUAGGAUGUGUAAGCAAUGACAUGGUAGUCGGGGACUGGAAUGACAACCUGGUCGUGGCUACUGCAAGUCCCUGCAGCGACUCAGAGGACCAAAAGGACAACAGGACUUUGAAUGGGAACAUUGGAGGACCUCCGCCAAAACUCAUCCCAGUUUCUGGACAGUUAGAGAAGAACAUGGAGAAAGUGCUGAUCCGUCCUACAGCGUUCAAGCCUGUCGUUCCCAAGAAUCGCCAUUCCGUGCAUUACCUGUCUCCACGGCCAGGGGGCAGCAGUCUGUCAGAAAGCCAGGGCAGCCUCAACCUCCUCCUGCCCCUCUCAGCAUCCGGCGGUGCCAACGGGCCCAGCGGCGGCUCCGCUUCUGAAGAGAAGCGCGACUCCUACUGCGGGGGGCGCAACGCUCGAAGCAGCCAGUCCUGCUCCAUGUCGGACUCCGGGAGGAACUCUCUCUCCAGCCUUCCCACUCACAGCAGCACAGGCUACAGUUUGGCCCCCAGUGAAGGCUCCAGUUCGGGCUCGGGCUCCGGGGGGCAGUUGGAGCCAGGGCAGGCUCUGGUUCGAAACAUUUCAGGUGGAAUCGGGGGACACGGUCACUCAGACAGUGGACGCUCGUCAUCCAGUAAGAGCACUGGGUCCGGGUCGCUAAGCGGGCGCGGGCAGCCCCUGUCCGACAGCGGCUCAUGCGGCCACUCGUCGCCACCUGCGGAGGCCUACGAGGUGGUGGUGAAGGACCUGGAGGAAAAGCUGAGGGAGCGCGACAUGGAGCUUCAGCAUCUGAGGGAAAACCUGGACGAGAACGAAGCUGCCAUCUGCCAGGUUUAUGAGGAGAAGCAACAUCGCUGUGAGAGAGAGAUGGAAGAGCUGAGACAAAAUUGUGCCACCAAGAUGAAGCAUGCCUCCCAGAAGGCCCAGAGGGCUCAGCAAGUCUUACAGUUACAGGUGUUUCAACUACAGCAAGAGAAAAAGAAGCUCCAGGAGGACUUCUCGUCUCUGCUGCAGGACAGGGAAACCCUGGAGAGGAGGUGUGCCACCAUCCAGCGAGAGCAGACCCAGCUGGGUCCUCGACUCGAGGAGACCAAGUGGGAGGUGUGUCAGAAGUCAGGGGAGAUCUCCCUCCUGAAGCAGCAGCUGAAGGAGAUGCAGGCAGAGCUCAGCCAGAAGGCUGGCGACAUCGUGGUGCUGAGGGCCCAGCUGAGAGAAGCCCGAUCGGAGCUGCAGGCCAGCCAGGUUCGCUCUCAGGAGGCCCAGGCGGCGCUGCGGACACGAUCUCUGGAGCUGGAGGUCUGCGAGAACGAACUCCAGAGGAGGAAGAGCGAAGCCGAGCUGCUGCGGGAGAAAGUGCUGCGCCUGGAGGAGGAGCUGGUCCGCCUCCGGGACACUCUGGCCAGUCACGGCGGAGGCAUGAAGGGUCAGUGCAUGAGCCUGACCCUGCAGCAGGGGAGGGGACUGCCGGGGCGGGGCGGCCCCAGCCCUUCUGUGUACCGGGAUGUGGAGGACGGUCAUCUGGUCUGGGGAGGAGAGAGCGAUGAAGCCAAGGCACAAAGACAGAAUGCAGAAACCCUGCUGGGACUCAGACAACAGGUGGACAGGUUGAAGGCUGAGCUCAUUUAUGAGAGGAGGUCAAGCGAGGAGCAGAUGUCUCGAUUUGAGGAUGAAAGGAGGGUGUGGCAGGAGGAGAAAGAAAAGGUGAUCCGCUACCAGAAGCAGCUGCAGCAGAACUACAUCCAGAUGUACCGACGAAACCGGGACCUGGAGCGAGUGAUGCGGGAGCUGAGCCUGGAGCUGGAGAACAGGGACAUGAUGGACGACUACGAGGUCCACAGCGGCAGCAACGAGAUCCACUUUGAGGAGAUCACCGCCACUGAGAUUUAAAAACUCAACGUGAAAAUGAUUAACGGUAGACACAGACCAAACACCAGACCAAAACAAACACGGCUGACUUUUACCUCUCGAGCAGCUCCCAAAGGUGCGUUGUUACUCUCUCUCUCUCCUACACUCUACAUGAUCUUUCAUUCGGUGUUUCACCUGCAGCACAAAACCUCUUCUCUUCUUUGGGAGCAAAAGCAGUGUUUGAAUCAGGGUAUUCAGGAAGUGGAAAUGCAAAAAAAGGUAAACAAUAGGGCACCAGCAUGCAUGUUCAAUAAUGAUGUCAUCAUAAUCCUCACUGCUAAAUAUUCAUAUAAUCCUUUAGACCUCAGCAUUGUCACUAUGUAACUGCUGCACUGAGCCCCAAACUUAUAACCAAGGGGACAAGAAUUCCAAAUAUGCUGUCUUCUCUGUCGGGGAUAUUCGCCUGACCAUGCUCAUCUGGUAGUACCACUCUCUUCCCAAAGGGGGAGGCACAGUGCAAACUUUUUCACUGCAAUUAUCCACGUUCAAAUUGCACCAGGACGCAUCAGGAACUCUAACAAUGGAGAGCAAGUGUCUCCUAUAUACUUAUUUUAUCUAAGAGGAGAAUGAGGGCGAUAAAGUGGAGUAUAAUACUGCAGCUUCCGUGUCUAAGCCACACGAACAAGGUAAAUGAAUGUUUAGUUGUUUUCAUUUGCCGCCGCGAAUCCUCGAUUUGUUAAACCAGGGAGUACUACAAAUACCGUAUUUUUCACAGUAUAAGUCGCUCCGGAGUAUAAGUCACACCAGCCGAAAUUGCAUAAUAAAGAAGGAAAAAAAACAUAUAUAAGUCGCAUUUUUGGGGGAAAUUUAUUUGAUAAAACCCAACACCAAGAAUAGACUUUUGAAAGGCAAUUUAAAAUAAAUAAAGAAUAGUGAACAACAGGCUGAAUAAGUGUACGUUAUAUGAGGCAUAAAUAACCAACUGAGAAGGUGCCUGGUACGUUAACAUAACAUAUUAUGGUAAGAGUCAUUCAAAUAACUAUAACAUAUAGAACAUGCUAUACGUUUACCAAACAAUCUGUCACUCCUAAUCGCUAAAUCCCAUGAAAUCUUAUAUGUCCAGUCUCUUACGUGAAUGAGCUAAAUAAUAUUAUUUGAUAUUUUACGGUAAUUUGUUAAAGGGGAACAUUAUCACCAGACCUAUGUACCGGUAAGCGUCAAUAUAUACCUUGAUGUUGCAGAAAAAAGACCUUUUUUUUUUUUUAACCGAUUUCCGAACUCUAAAUGGGUGAAUUUUGGCGAAUUAAACGCCUUUCUAAUAUUCGCUCUCGAACGUGACGUCACAUCGGGAAGCAAUCCGCCAUUUUCUCAAACACCGAGUCAAAUCAGCUCUGUUAUUUUCCGUUUUUUCGACUGUUUUCCGUACCUUGGAGACAUCAUGCCUCGUCGGUGUGUUGUCGGAGGGUGUAACAACACGAACAGGGACGGAUUCAAGUUGCACCAGUGGCCCAAAGAUGCGAAAGUGGCAAGAAAUUGGACGUUUGUUCCGCACACUUUACCGACGAAAGCUAUGCUACG